UGUGUGUGUAGGAGCUUUCUAGGAUAUAGUUGAAUACAUUGUGUAAACUAACAGCUUGGCAAGGGACGAUCUCGUGAAAAGUUCUACUGGAAGUCGAUUCUGCCUGUGAAUGAAAAUUGACCUGCAAGAUUGUGUAGAUGGUGGGGAUGGAGGGGUCACGGAGUUGAAGAGGGUUGUUGUUGUUGGAUACUUACUUGGUAGUUGUAACAUCUCUCACUCUAAGCUGGAUAUAGCGGUAGAUUCCCAAGAUGUCAAUGUCAGACCAUCUGCAAAAAGGCACGCACGGGGGGUUUUUAAUUCAAAGCAAGGCGAAUGCUGCUCGCAUAUCCGUCUGCCCGGGCUCAGAGGUUGGUUGAUUGUUCGCUUGUCAAAUGUGUCAGUCCGUGUCAAAUGCCAGGUGAGGAUGACCAGUGCCCCCGAUCUGAGCCCUCUCCCUCCAACCAGGGCGAUAUCGGGAGAUGAGGAUGGGGUUUUCGGCAAGAAAAAGAAGGAGAUGGUGGUGGGGGCAGGCGUUUCUGCCGAAAAGCUGAAGAUGGAUUCGAGGGCGUGCAUACGCGAUGUGCGGUAUUAAGUUAACUUAGUGAAUUAUCGCCGAUGAUUAAACUUCUCCAGGAGGGCCUUCGGGCAGCGAUGGCUGGGUCAGAUGGGCAGGCAGGGCACUACACAGUCUGU